UCACUGCUCAUCGUCUCUCUUCCUCUCAUCUCCGCAUUUCCCUCCUUCCUUAAGCUUUAAUACAUACCAAUAGCUUCAGAACCGUCCUGUAAUCACAUGUUCUGAUCUCCGCAUUUUCUGAUCAUUCUUCAUCAGCUCGAGAAUGGCAUCCCAUAUUGUUGGAUAUCCUCGUAUGGGCCCCAAGAGGGAGCUCAAAUUUGCCUUGGAAUCAUUCUGGGAUGGGAAGAGCAGUGCUGAGGAUUUGAAAAAAGUGUCUGCUGAUUUGAGAUCAUCCAUAUGGAAGCAGAUGACUGAUGCUGGUAUCAAGUACAUUCCUAGCAACACUUUCUCUUAUUAUGAUCAUGUGCUUGACACUACAGCCAUGCUCGGUGCUGUUCCCCCAAGAUACAAUUGGACAGGUGGUGAGAUUGGUUUCGACGUAUUUUUCUCCAUGGCCAGGGGAAAUGCCUCUGUGCCAGCUAUGGAGAUGACCAAGUGGUUUGACACCAACUAUCACUACAUUGUCCCUGAGUUGGGAUCUGAUGUUAACUUCUCCUACUCUUCACACAAGGCUGUUGAUGAAUACAAGGAAGCAAAGGCGCUCGGAGUAGAUACUGUCCCUGUCCUUGUAGGCCCCGUCUCUUACUUGUUGCUAUCGAAACCUGCAAAGGAUGUUGAUAAAUCAUUUUCUCUUCUUUCCCUUUUGAGCAAGAUUGUUCCCAUUUACAAGGAGGUUGUUGAGGAGCUAAAAGCUGCUGGUGCAUCAUGGAUUCAAUUUGAUGAACCCAUCCUUGUCAAGGAUCUUGACUCUCACAACUUGGAAGCAUUCACUUCUGCAUACACUGAACUGGAGUCUUCUCUGUCUGGCCUGAAUGUCCUUGUAGAGACAUACUUCGCUGAUGUUCCUGCCGAAGCAUUCAAAAUCUUAACCAGCUUAAAGGGUGUUUCUGGUUUUGGUUUUGAUCUUAUUCGUGGAACCCAGACACUUGAUUUGAUCAAGAAGGAUUUCCCAAAGGAAAAAUAUCUCUUUGCUGGUGUGGUUGAUGGAAGAAACAUAUGGGCCAAUGACCUUGCUGCUUCUCUCAGUGUCUUGGAGUCCCUUGAGGGCGUUGUUGGAAAAGAUAAACUUGUGGUGUCCACAUCCUGCUCACUUCUCCACACUGCUGUGGAUCUAGUGAAUGAGACCAAGCUUGAUGAUGAAAUAAAAUCAUGGAUGGCAUUUGCUGCUCAAAAGAUUGUGGAAGUGAAUGCUUUGGCUAAAGCAUUGGCUGACCAGAAAGAUGAGAGUUUUUUCUCUGCCAAUUCUUCGGCUCUAGCUUCCAGGAAAUCCUCCCCAAGAGUGAACAAUGAGGCAGUUCAGAAAGUUGCUGCUGGUCUUAAGGAAUCUGACCACAGACGAGCAACCAAUGUCAGUUCAAGAUUGGAUGCUCAACAAAAAAAGCUUAAUCUACCCGUCCUGCCUUCUACUACCAUCGGCUCUUUCCCUCAAACUGUGGAACUCAGAAAAGUACGCAGAGAAUACAAGGCCAACAAGGUUUCAGAGGACGAUUACAUCAAAGCUAUGAAGGAGGAGAUCAAUAAAGUUGUCAAGCUUCAAGAGGAGCUUGACAUUGAUGUCUUGGUUCACGGAGAGCCUGAGAGAAAUGAUAUGGUGGAGUACUUUGGUGAGCAGUUAUCUGGUUUUGCCUUUACUGUAAAUGGAUGGGUACAAUCCUAUGGUUCACGAUGUGUUAAGCCACCAGUCAUCUAUGGCGAUGUGAGCCGCCCCAAACCAAUGACCGUUUUCUGGUCCACCACAGCUCAGAGCAUGACUUCUCGUCCAAUGAAGGGAAUGCUUACUGGCCCUGUCACCAUCCUCAACUGGUCCUUUGUUCGUAAUGAUCAGCCUCGAUUUCAAACAUGCUACCAGAUUGCAUUGGCCAUCAAGGACGAAGUAGAGGAUCUUGAGAAGGCUGGAAUUACGGUUAUUCAAAUCGAUGAAGCUGCUCUUAGGGAAGGUUUGCCAUUAAGGAAAUCAGAGGAAGCUUUCUACCUUGAUUGGGCUGUUCAUUCUUUCAGGAUUACCAACUGUGGUGUCCAAGACACCACACAGAUCCACACCCACAUGUGCUAUUCAAAUUUCAACGACAUCAUUCAUUCAAUCAUCGACAUGGACGCGGACGUGAUCACCAUCGAGAACUCUCGUUCAGACGAGAAGCUGCUCUCCGUUUUUCGCGAGGGAGUGAAAUAUGGGGCUGGAAUCGGGCCAGGAGUGUACGAUAUUCACUCUCCAAGGAUCCCUUCAUCCGAGGAGAUUGCGGAUAGGAUCAACAAAAUGCUACAGGUUCUUGAAACCAACAUCUUGUGGGUCAAUCCAGAUUGCGGACUGAAGACCCGUAAAUAUGGGGAAGUAAAGCCAGCUCUUGAAAAUAUGGUUUCAGCUGCCAAAGCCAUCCGUAGCCAACUAAAAUGAUGAGUUCCCAUGCCCUUAAACUGAAAUAAUAAAUUUUGAAAUUUUUCUCUUGCUCUAUAUAAAAUAGUGUUAUAUUAGCCAUUUUUUCAUUAUUGCCUUUUUAAAGGCAUUCAUUCAUCUAUUCUUUCCCUGUUA